AUGAACUACAAGAUCCUGUGUUUCUUGGUUCCAGUCACGGUGUUUUUUAACCUCAGCGACGCGGAAACCAGCAUGUCUGAUUUCGCAAACUGUACACUUACGGAGUACCUUUGUGACGCGCGCAAGUGCACCACACAAUUCAUCAAAAGCGUUCAAAAUGACCCCGAAGGAGACUGUGGGUAAGUAUGUUUGAUUUAACACCAGUUAGAAACGUUUCUUAAGCCGAGGUCAGAUAUAGAUUGAGAGCUAUCUUUAAACGCCCUAAAUCAGUUCUUGAAAAUUGAAUUUAAAAAAACUGGCCUAAUGCGAAGGUUCAAUAAAUUGGUAUGCACAAAAGCUGAAGUGACUGUUCUUAAUCAGUUUAUGCAAAAAAAAAAUAUUUUAAUGGUAUGCCUUUUGACAAUGGGUAAUUUUCAUACGUCACCUUGGAAAAUACCAUAAUAUUCUUUUAUAUCCAGAUUUGGGUGAUUCUUCCAACUUCCUUCGUACCACGAGCAGACGUGCUAAGUGCUGAAAGUUCUCGACACUGUUCUUGCUUUCUACUUUUAUAAACAGAACCAGCGAUGGAGUGGCGUUAGCUAAAAUGUAGUUAAGUCUCUGUAAGGUUUUAGAUGCAGAGGUCUGUUUCUCAAGGGCACAUAGAGAUACGUCAGAGGAUUUUGGUUGUCACGAUAACAUUUUACCUGACUCCCCCAUAAGUGUCAUAAAUAUUUUUGUGAUUCACCCCUUCCCUCACUGACAGUUAAUUGCAGUCAAUUAUUCUAGGUCCCCACAAUACUCUAUACUCUGUCGGCGAUAACUGAUCUCCCUCCGUCCCCCCCUAAAAACCAUGUGCCACCUCCCCCCCAAAAAAAAAAAAAAAAAAAAAAAAAAAAAACCUUCACCCACCCUCCUCCUCCUCAGGCGAUAAGUAAGUAAUUACUGAAUUUUGGUUAACCUCUGCGCAUGCUCAACUGACUUUUGUUUCCUUCUUACUGUACCUAGAGUCCAGUACAACAAAACCUUCGACUGUGUCAUCAUGUCAAACAAGCUAUGCGGCAGGGUUUUUCCGAGUGACUCAUUCAACAGGACGAUUGAUGAUAGUUUACGUGAAGGCAUCAAAGAGGAAUAUAUAUGUAACGAUGCAUUUUUGGGUGAAUUUCUCGUUCCCAUGGAGCUGCGUAGUGACCCAUUUUGCUCAGAUGUGUUCUUUAACAACACACAAGCAUGUUUGAAAACUUUUCAUGAAAAAUUUAUGGCUGACAGAUCGGACACCACUCUGUGCGAGUAAGUAGUAAUUUUGUAACGAGUAAUUGAGUCUCGGUCACUAAAGGGACCGGUCACUUUCACUGCCUUGGAAGUCAAAUUUUUUUCUUCAUCGCCUUAGCAGUCUAUUUUCUAAAAUUCUCUCCCCCUUUAUACUCUGUCAGCGACAACUCAUUCUCCUCCGAUCUACCUGAAAAACUUGUGAUGUCCCAUAAAUCCGUCACACCCAUCCCUUUCCCCCACGAUGAAUAAUGACCGGUCCCUGAAGAGCGUUCAUUGGCUGUUUAUCAAAGAAAAAGUGCACCCAGAAAGUUUGACAACGGUCGAAUACGGACCUUUUUUUUUUUGCCUAAUUUUUUGGUUAGACAUUUUCAAAAAGGGAAAGAGGAUUGUUUCAAAGCUUGCUGAAAAUUUAGGGUCAACUCUAAAUCAAAGAGGCGAAUGCUCUCAUCUCUAUGCCAGUUUCAGCAUGGUUUUUAGUUAGGGACAGGUGAGGGACGGAGAAGUUUUGGAGAUUUUGUUUAUGUUACGAUAAAAUCUACCUUAUCACACCUUCCCCCUUCCCAUUAGGCUCUGCAGUAUCUCUAUGCCUCCUCACUCCCCCGUGAUUGACAGACAAUUUACAGUCCCCUCUCUAUACUUUGUUGGUGACCACUGAUUCCACCCUCCGUUCCCCCUGAUAACUAUGUGAUUACCCCCCAAAGUCCUCCGACACCCUUCCCACCCUCCCCCGCGAUAAAUAACGAGAGGUUUCUUAUAUGUUUUCUUCUCCUAAUUUCAACAGGGAACAUGCUGAAGCAAAAAAAUGUUGGAUGGAAACCAUUAUGUCCGACUGCAACUUUCCUUCUGAUUUCUUUGAGGCGAUAAAAUUUGAUUUGGUCGACUACAAUCCUUUCUGCGCCAACAAUCGGGAUCCUGGGGCGACCGGAAAUGAUCAGUGCCAUGGCGUGAGGGACAUAAAAAAUCCCUUCAAUAGAAAGGACGACGUCAGUGCAACCGCUGGUACAAAGAUUAAUGCAUCACUGGCUCUGCUUCUUCCUCUUGUGUCAUUUUUGUUCGUACUUAAGGUUUAA